UGUGAAGUCGGCACUGGUAAAACCAUUCAGAGCACCAGUUUUCACGUGUACUGUAAUAACAAUAUGAGCUCAAAUAUAAAUGUUCGCGAGUAUGGAACCUGGAAAUCACCAAUAACCAGCGCUUCCGUGACUGAGGAUGGUGUUGGACUGAGCCCCGCUGAAAUCACCGUCUCUGACCCAUCAGAUCAGCGACAAGCAGAUAUUAUAUACUGGUCUGAAACUCGGUUUGAACGUGGUAGUGCUGUAAUCUGUUCCAGAAGACUUGGUGAGGAUGGUUUCACAACCUGGACACCUGAGAACAUGAAUGUUUAUAGUCGAGUUCAUGAAUACGGUGGUGGGGCGUUCUUUGUAUACGCUGGUGUGCUAUAUUUCUCUAACUUCACUGACAAUAGAAUGUAUGCUCAGAAAUCUCCCAAAGACACACCAACACCUUUGACUCCUGCAGACUGUGGCUGGAGGUAUGCUGAUGGUCAGUUUUCAGGCAAGUUGAACCGUAUUGUCUGUGUAAGAGAAGACCACAGUGGAAUAGAAACAGGUCAAACCAAAGAAGCAGUUAAUACAAUUGUUAUGAUUAACCCUGAGACAAAAGAACAAAUCAUCUUGGCAUCGGGGUUUGACUUCUAUUCUAAUCCAAGGGUGUCUCCAGAUGGAAGUAAAAUAUGUUGGAUACAAUGGAAUCAUCCUAAUAUGCCUUGGAAUGAUACUCAACUGUGGACUGCUCACAUGAAACCAGAUGGUAGUGGUAUUAUUGACGGCUCUGAGAAACAGAUAGAUAUCGGUAACGUCAGUGUUCGAUCACCGAGUUGGUCGCCCUCCAGUGAGUUAUACUAUAUUUGUGAUAAAACAAAAUGGUGGAAUUUGUAUCGUAUUCAGAAAAAUGGAGAACAUGAAGUUUUAUUUGAACAGCAGAGAGAGAUAGGUGGACCUGCAUGGAAGUUUGGUACAUGUUCAUAUAAACUAGAUCCACAAGGAAGUGGACAUUGUAUUACUACAUAUGGCGGGGAUCUUGAACUAUGCGAUUUAAAUACAAAGAAGAUAUUACGCAAGUACAAUACAGGUUUUACAUCUCAUCGUAAUAUUUCUUAUUCCUAUGAUGGUUAUAUCUACUGUAAUGCUGGAAGUCCUACCAAGUUCAACUGUAUUAUUAGAGUUAAUGUGGCAACUGGAAAGACUGACAUCAUCCGUGAAUCUCGACCAAUUAAUAUUGAUGAAGGUUAUCUUAGUAUAGCUCAACCAAUCAGUUUUCCCACAGCUGAUGACAAGACUGCAUAUGCUUAUUUUUAUCCACCAAAUAACAAGGAUUUUAAGGCUCCAGAGGGCAGUCUACCGCCAUUACUCGUACAAAUACAUGGUGGACCUACUUCUGCUUGCUCAUCAGAUUUAGGAUUACAUCAUCAGUAUUUCACAAGUCGUGGUUUUGCUGUCCUUGAUGUCAAUUUCAGAGGAAGUACAGGCUAUGGUACAGAAUACAGAAAUCAGCUACAAGAAAACUGGGGUGUUUAUGAUGUUGAUGACAGUUGCUAUGGUGCCUUGUAUCUUGCCAAAACAACAAAGCAAGUUGACAUAAAUAAAUUGGCCAUUUCUGGUGGUUCUGCUGGUGGCUACACUACUCUUGCAUGUCUGACAUUCAAAGAUGUCUUUAAGGCAGGUGUCAGCCAUUAUGGGGUUGCUGACUUGGAGGCAUUAGCAAAAGAAACACAUAAAUUUGAAAGUCGAUAUUUAGAUACCAUGAUUGGUAAAUAUCCUGAAAAAAAAGAUGUAUAUAUCAAAAGGUCUCCAAUCCAUUCUGUUGAUUCACUCAGUGUUCCAGUAGCAUUCUUUCAAGGAGAAGAUGAUAAGAUAGUGUUACCAAACCAGGCUGAAAUGAUGUAUAAUGCUGUGAAGGCCAAAGGUAUCCCCACAUCAAUGGUUCUGUUUCCAGGUGAGUAUAUGUGA